CACUGUACGGAUGGCAAACUACACUAGUAGGUACUAUCUAUCAUUUCUAGUACGGAUGAUAAACUACACUAGUAGGUACUAUCUAUCAACAACUCAUGUCAACAACAAGAACUUAUGUUGAGUAACUGCAACUUUGCGAAACGAACAGAAACGAAUAAGAGCAUUCGAAGGGCCUGGAGUGACACGGGCAUUGGACAUGGAGUUGCUACGGGACGACGGCUUUCGUGGAGCAAUCAUAUCGCCAGAUGAGGACGUAUUUUUACUUACAACCAGGAGUCAACAAUAUUUUCAAUUUCAUGUCGUGGUCUACUGCUUAGAUUUAGAAUUGAAACUCGAAAAAGAAAAACUACCACGACUGCCUCCUAGUACUACUUAGGUAUACUGGGUAGAUCGUCCUCUGCUGAAUCUAGCCAUGUCUAUACAUUCAACCCUGUGAAAAAUGAUUUGCAAGUCUUAAAUAUCAGCAGGUUUCGUUCAGUCCGGAGGCUCCAGAGCCAGGAGCACCUGGAGAUUUUGGCUCCAGAAUGUUGCUCAGUGGCGGUGCCCAGUUAGGAACAGGAGGAGACGCUUCCUCAAGGCCCUUCACCUAUUUUCCGAUUUCGCGUACCCAAGUCCAAGAACUACGACUUGAUCUAGAACUCUGUCGAGAAAAAGUGAGCAAGCUCGAGCUACCCUCUUCAAAGCAUGCAACAGCAGCAGCAGCAGCAGCCAGGACGAGAAGAGCAGGAGGAUCUUCAGUCGGCGUUUCACCCAGGAUGGCUUCUCCUACCUCUUCAACAUCCUCUACGAAUUCUACGUCAGCUGCUGUUCAUCUUUCACCGAAUUUCACGCCUCUCGUUGCCACCUCACCGAAGUCAAUGAGGUCUCAGUUGCAGCUUGUACAGCAAAGGAAUACAGCAUUUCUGUCGAAGCUUGACCUCUGCUUCGGUCCUUCAACAAGCACUAGUGGUUCUUCGCCUACAGGAGGCUCUCCUUCCGGCUGGGAGCAGGCUGAGCGUGCACUCCGCGAAGAAAUUGAGUCAAGAACACAACUUAAAAUACGACAACAAAUUGCAACCUCUUCUGAAGCAGGAGGACCACAGGAAACAGCUAGUACGACAUCUGCAGACCAAUCCACUGACCAUAAAUGUUAUGUUGAAGCUUCCCUAGCUGCCGCAAAGGAGAUGCUCUUAUGGUGAGGAAGAGUAAAUUUAUACCUUCACGUUUUGUUUUCUUUGUUUUUUACCCUUAAAGAGGUUUCACUCCACGACAAUCAUUAAUAUAGUUAGACAGAAUCGGCAUUUUUGCAUCACUUUUAAUAGACCUAUCACAAGAAUACUUCUAGACAGGAGUUCUAGUUCGAUAUCGUUUGCUCGUUAGGUGGAAAAAAAAGUGGGAGGUACUGCCUCGCCCUAAUCGUCGACGAAGCGCGCAAAGACGAUGCAGCGAAGGACCCAAUGGACGCAGAGAACGACCCAGGAGGAAGUCGAGAAGACCUUCCUAGCAGAAAGGACAACACAAGUCCGACUACGCCGUCAAUAUCCUCUGGUGCGAGUUCAAGUUCAAGUACUACCUCUGGUAGUAAAGCUAGUAGUUCUUGUAGUACAUCGUCAUCCGAGGACACAUCAGCUGGAAAGGGUCCAAAAAAUGGCCCAAAAAAUGCUGCUAGCACAACAACGCCAUCGUUGUUGCAGCAAUACGAACGAGAGCGGAAAAACGGUUUCCGAAGGGAUCCUGCAGAUAUGCCGGGUUGGGUCGCUGAGAAUUUUCCGCAGAAAUUGGGGAAAAUAUACACCAAGAAUCGCAUAACACGUUCUGGGAAAACUGCCGGGGAUACUAGUAAUACUACUGCUGGAAGAGAACAAGAAGAUGGUGGUGCUGCGGCUACAGUAGCUGCAACAAGGAGAAAAGACUACAGCAACACAGUAGAAGGAACUACUGCCCCCGCAACAGGAGAUGGAGCUGCUAAGGUCAAAGCAGGAGAGGAGGUCAAAGCAGGAGAGGAUGAUGACGAAAGUGAAGAUGAAUUUGGGAUGGAGAUACUGGGAGCAACAGGUAAAGUAAAGAGUCUCUCUUAAGGCUUGAGGAAAUCCAUCUUUCCCACCAUCUUUUGAGUUUUUGUUUGUGAAAGUAGGAACAAAAGAGGCACGAAAAAGCUGACCAAGAUGGAUUUCUACAAGGGCUAAACCUCGCAGUUUGCUCGCAUUACCCUAGACCGAAUCAAAAUGCGGAUGGACCGCGAAGGAGAUUUGGGUAUCCGAGAGCAGUUUUCAAUCGAGAACUCUCAGCUUAUACACAGACAAUUUGGUCCUCUUACCAAGGCUGUUGCGCCAGAAAGAGCCUUUCCUUUGAUGCUUAUGCUGAAAAACAAAUUUCUCAUAAACCUGAUCAUAGUAAAAACAGCUGGUUAGUCUUUUCGAAAACUCAAAAUAACCGAGUUACUGACUGAAAUAAGGGAGGUAGCUUAACGUCAAGGCUACCUUUCCUUCUCAUCAGUAUCUCGGUUAUUCUGAUCAGUUACUCGCUUAUUUCAGUUUUUCGAGGUACAACAAGGAGCUACUCCAACUCCUACUCUCUCGGUAGAGUGGUUUUCUUGUUCAACAGCUUGUUCCCUCAAUCAUAUAUAAUCAAAAUUAUACCUUCAGCUCCAACUCCUACUUUCAUAGCAGCCGAAGGACUGGCAAAAGAUUCUACGCGAUACAUGCGGCCGGUGCAAGAGUACAUGAUGGUAGUGGACUAUCAUGUACAACGGAGGAAACAAGGUGGAGCAAUGCGCACGAAUACCUCGUCUUCCAAAGACAGCAUCUCCGGUUCUACCACGACUCCUACAGGAGGAUCGGGUACAUCUGCAUCAACACGUGGUGGAAGAACAUCGGGUGGAACAAGUUCUGCAUCAUCUUCUCGUAGUGUUGCAGAGGCAUCAAGAUCUACUGGUACAACUACCUCCGCUGCGUACGUCGUGAGUCUGGGCUCGCCCCCUCCGGUUAACGGAGGACCUUCUUCAUCGGAGUUCGGGGACGAAAACCAAAGUAGCGUGAGAAGUGGUGACGUCGAUGACGUGACAUCUUCUAGUUCCUCUACUUCCAAGGGCAGUUGUAUUGAGGUACGAGCAGGUCCAGGUGCGACUGCAACCAAACCAACAUUAAGCAGAGAACGAUUGCGACAGAUGAGCAGUGGUACGAAGGGCGCAACAACUGGAGGUGGUCACUUUCAACUUGAAAGACAAACAGCGACGUUAUGUCAAACAGCGACGUUAUGUCAAACAGCUACGUUAGCUUUUUCUGCGAGAGACAGCACUUCUCCCAGCUCUUUAGGUGCGAGCUCAGCCAUCGAGGGAACCGCGUUGUCGAAUUCCACUUCAUGCAGUAGUAGAAAACCUGGAGUCCUCUAUCGGGAAUUCAUGGCCGCAGGUAGAGAACACGGCGUCAGUCGAGGUGUCAACCGCGCUUCGCCAGCCGUGUCUACACCCAGUGUGUCUGAAAGUCGGAACAACAAUGAGGGCGCCGCGCAUGAAUAUGAUAAUUGUAUACAACCAGCUGCACUGAUGAGCGCGUAUAUUAAUAAACCACUUGUUUCGUCCAAGAACAAGAAAAAGAAUAACAGUAGACCUCCACAAAAUGGGACCGGGAUCAAUAACAGUUGUACUGGUGCUGUUGGGAUCAAUAACAGUACUAGUUUCAAUACUAGUGCAAACGCAGUAGGAGGUGGUGCGUUUCCUACGACUUCUACUACAACUACGACCACCGGAACAAAUUUUAUAGGUGGUGCACCGAGAACCACAACCGCGUCGCAACUUUACUUAUGAAGCAGCGUCCUCACUGCAAGUGCAAUUCGAUCUCAAUCAACUCAAAAUUCGAUCUCAACCUCUGGCUACCACCUUCGAGUUUCUAGCCCUUGUUCCGCCCGCCCUUUUUUACCUGUUUCUAAGCAAUCCGAGCGAAGAUGAUGGCCAUGGCAUCUCUCCAACGUCGAAUAGCAUAUCGCCAAAAGAUAUGAGUGGAGGCUUCAGAGGACUGGCGUCUCAGACAUUCUUUAACCAGCAGCGUCCCCGUGCCCAGUCGGACAUCGUUGGCACCUCCGCACAGAGCUCGCCACAUGCAUCGGCACAUGGUUCUACUUCUUUUCUCUUAAAGUUUAUCUGAACAAGAUUGAUUCUCAUUUUGAUGUUGAUAGAUGGAUGACAAUUUUGCUCAUCUGGUGAUCUAAAAUCUGACAAUCAGAACAAAGUAGUUCUAUAUCUUACUGUAUAACAUGAAGAUAGACAAACUGGACUGUCUUUGUUGUAUAAAAACCGCUUCAUCAAGUAGUGAUAAAUGACUUGUAAAUUCUGUUUCUGGUAUCGACAACCCAUCAGGUGGUGUGGCUAUGAGUGCGAGUAUGGCUGAGCGUUUUGGCCUCGGAUCACCAGCUGCUGGCACGACCUCAUCAACACCGUAUAUUAAGUCCUCGUCAGUGUCAGCACGAAUCAAUGCGCCGACCACUAGUGCAGGAGCCACCAGUGGACCUGCAAAACAACCUCUACAGCCACUACACUUGCAGCUUGUCGCACAUCCUGCUGCAUUAGAACGUGGACAAGGACCGGCGCCACCUGCUUCGUCAUCUGGUGUCCUACUUGGAGAAUCCCAAUUACAGGCUAGCCAAUUACAGGCUAGUGGCAGCCGUACCCCAACCGCUUCUGGCGCGCGAACACCGAGCAUGGGAGGAUGGGCGCAACUGCAUCAGCCACUACACGCGAAGCCCAUUGCGGGCUUGCCUCAAGGCCUAAUUGGUGCACAGAUGCCCUCCUUCCAAAAUUUUGUUUACGAAGAACAACAGCGGCGACGGGGUAGCACUGGCACUGCGGAUGACCCUCAGUUGAAGGCAGUUGUGAUCAGUCAACAUGUGAACCACGAUACUUCUACUAGUCAGGAUGAACAUCGAGGAAACAAUAUUAAUUAAGGCCUCACUUUUUAAUCCAUUUUUUAGUGCACCAUCUGUGAGCUGUCUAUGUCUUCGAGUCUAGAGAAUAAUUGGACACAGAUGAGGCAAAAGAUGGAUUCUUGUAGUGAGCUCUAAAAUAAUAAUUUUUCAACUAGCAACACUGUUUUUGCUGGUGUCCUGAAAGAACAAGAUCCUCUUUCACAAGACGGCGCAGGCUCUCCAGCUGGAAGCAACUCCGCAUCAGUCCGUCCUGGAUUCGCUGGUGGCCUUGGUGAAGGUGCAGAUAACAGAAACAUCUUCCUACCCGCCCCAGGAGCAUCAACUACACAAAACAAAAUUUUUGGGGACCCUCCUACUCUGCAGAUGCCAUCCAUCAAAAAAGUGAAAACCUCUAAGGGGACGAACGGUGCUGCUGCUGCUCAUUCUUGAAGAAUGAAGACUUCCUCGUCUCUGACAGGAGUAGGUGGUAAUGACGUUGACUUUUUAGAGAUUUGAGAUAGACGUACUUACGAGUAUUUAGCGCGCCGUGGGCGUAACGUUUAGUCCAUAAUUCAUCAUAAGUAUUUUAGGUGACGAGGAUAUGAAACAAGUCGCAUUUUUCAAGUCUUGGUGGUGUGAAUUUCUUAAGCAGGACAAAGACAAACAGUCUUCUGUGUGUGCCUCAGGACGAGCCACUGGUGGAGAUGUUUCCGACGUGCUUCUACGAUUAUUUUUUGAUUAGUCACUGCAUCAGCCCCAUGAGCAGAGCUGAAAAUUCCUCCAAUGAUUUCUUGUAGCCUGUGUGUGCUGGAUUGUUCUUUCAUGGAUUGGUCAUAGUUAUGUCUUCUUGCAAAUCAACACAGAACGACCGCUUGGGAUGCACGUGCCUGGCGUUCGCUAAGUCGGAGGUGAGACGAAUGAGUCUUUUUUGUCUACUUAGAAGAUCCCUACUACAGUGGAGUUGGAGUCGUUCUACUACGGUGGAAUCGACGUCGCCCAGAGGCAGGACCCCGCCUGUUUAGC